AUCUCUCAAAUGUGUCAAAACCCUGUCAAAAACUUCAAAAUUUUCCGCUUCAAUGUCUGCUAGGAAUGUCUAUUUCGACCCGCACUUCGGACCUCAGUUCACCUGCAGCCUCUCGCACCUCUGACCUCCUCGAAAACAAAUACUCAAAAUAUUUCCUCUUCCCCCAACGGUACAUCUUCUGCCUCCUUGCCUCCCUCAUUAUCCUCAACGCAGCGUCCAUCCAGUUCACACUGGAAGUCAUCGCUUUGGAGAACUUCUCCUCGGGAAAACGCCUCCGAACCAACGACACUUGCACCAUCACACCCCAGAUACGAAGAAGGCCCAGAAGGCGGCCCAAAAACGAAUCGCUUUUGAACUACGACUGGAAUCUCAAAACGCGCUAUUUAAUCAAAGACUCGUUCUAUUGGGGCACUUUAGUAACCUCCAUACCUGGGGGAGUGCUUUCGGAUGAAUACGGCGGCAAAUACAUUGUUAGUUUGAGUGUUUUAUUUUCGGCGUUUUUCAAUUUGGUGGCUCCUGCGAUCAUCGAUUUGGGCCACAGUGUGGGUUUAAUUAUCAUGAUUCGAGUAGGCCUGGGUUUUUGUCGGGGGGUUUUGGACGCGGGGUUGAUGGCGCUUAUCGCACGUUGGGCCCCAGUUUACGAACGUGCCACCAUAACGAGUGUUAUCUUCGGGAGUAGACUUUUAGGGGAACAGUUCUCGUAUGUUAUGCAUAAAGCAUUCGAAAAUUUCACUUGGAGGCCGAUGUUCUAUUUCUUUGCGAGUGUUCACCUAGUUUUGGGAUUUUUUUGGCACUUGCUGGUGUACCCAAGUCCCAAACAAAACCCGUUCAUGACACUGAAUGAGAAGAGGUAUUUGGAGGAAGACCCAGAUUUGAGUUUGGUCGAUGGUUGGAAGAAAAUCCCCUGGAGGAGGAUUCUUAAGUCGAAACCUGUGUGGGGGUUGUGUUGUUUGCACUUUGCAACGACUUGGGCCUGGACUGUGUACAGGAAAACACUUCAUUUGUAUUUGCCCAGGGUUUUGAAGUCGGAAGUUGUGUGGGAGUCGGCUUGGUGGACGCCGUUUUUUCUCUAUUAUAUCUUGGCGAUUUUUUAUGGGUUUGUGGCCGAUUGGUUUGUUAAUGGGCAACAUGCGAGUGUGACUGCUAUGCGAAAAGUUUACGCCCUUUUAGGGAACUUUGGUCCGGCUUUGUGUCUCAUUUUCGUGACGUUUGAACGUUGUAACCACUUCACAGUUAUGAUUUUUACCACGAUGGCCUUAUGUUUGGACGCAAUGCACUUUGCCUCAAAUAUGGUCAAUGCGUUAGAUUUGACAUCGAAUUUCGUUGGAAUCGUGACCUCAAUCACGGGAGCAAUCGAAUUUUUGAUUUUUGCAUUAAGUACCCAACUGAUCAAUAAUUUAUUUACGACUGAAGAUUCUUUGAGCCAAUGGAACUUCUUACUUUGGUUCACGUGUGGCGUCCAAGUCGGUGGUACCACCUUGUUUCUACUACUUGGGGACGCAGAGAGACAAGCUUGGAAUUACAUCAUAAAGGGAGUCAAUUAAAACAAUUUUUCGAAAAAAUCUCUUUAUUUGA